AUGAGAAUAACAGUGCACCUGGGCUGGCGUAAGGUGGGAACAGGACUAUGGAGAAAGAGAAUGAAUUUGAAGCUGAAAACUACAGAGUCGAACAUGAUGACUGAUUUGGGAGGCAAUUGGGCCAGCUCAAUCACCAUCCAAGGACAAUCAUCGGAGGCUUCCGUCUGCCUCCACGAUCUCACUCAGGAUAUCGCUUCGCCAUUCACUCACUGCUACUGCCGCAUCUCCUCCUCUGCCUCAUGCGAAGGCUUUAACUACACCUGGAUAUUCACAGAAAUUAUUUAA